AUGUUUAACCCUACACGCCUUAAAGUACAGCUUAAGCUGUCUAUCAAUAGACUCAAGAUGCUACAGGCCAAAAAGACUUCUCUUAACCAACAAAACAGAAGAGAGAUUGGCACUUUAUUGGAAAAAGGAAAAGAAGAAAGUGCACGUAUCAGAGUAGAGCAUAUCAUACGCGAUGAUUUGCUUAUUGAAGCUAUGGAAAGCCUAGAACUUUACUGUGAUUUGCUAUUAGCACGCUUUGGUUUAUUAGAAACUUACAAAACAUGUGAUCCAAGCAUAGCAGAAGCAGUCAAUACCAUCAUUUGGGCUGCUCCCCGUGUUGGAGAAGUCAAGGAACUCGGCCUAGUACGAGAUCAGCUUGCUUCCAAGUUUGGCAAGGAAUUUAUGAUGCAAGCCUUGGAAAAUACAGAUGAGCAAGUCAAUCCUCGAAUUGUUUUGAAGCUUCAAGUCAAUGCACCAGAUUCAUUUUUAGUUGAACGUUAUUUGGAAGAAAUUGCUCGUACUUAUGAUAUUAAAUGGAGAUCCAGUCUCAUUGAACAUGAGCAAGAAGAAGAGGACGAAGAAGACGAAGAACUAGAUGACGAUAGUGAUAGUCAACAUGGAAGUGGGGGACAAGCAGAAAACCCAACAACAGAAGAUGAUGCUCAGUUUGAUUUACCCGAGAUUCCUACUACUUCUCCUUUAAAGAAGCCUAUGCCACCACCAACACAAGACGAUCCUAAUGAUUUUGAUGCUUUAGCUAGACAUGGAAUGGCAGUUGACCAAGAUAUAGUGGAGUCACUGCCAGAAGAGGAAGUUAUGCCUGCUCCUGUUCUUGUUCAUGAUGCUACUUUUAAAUCAACUUCAGUAGCAUUGAUUGAAAAACUCUUGCAGUUUAGCACACCUCGUCUCGAUUCAAAAAUAGUCAAUGUCUUGUUCUUGGAAGGCAUGAUGGAUAUCUUUAUGACUCAUGUGUCUCGCUUGGAUCUACAAGCAGACAAGAUCGAACUAGAAAAGUGUAGUGUAGAACAAAAACUAAAGUAUAGUAAACACAAAAGAGACAUGGAAGAUAUGGCUGCUUUAAAAAGAUCCUAUCAUGCGAUGGAAUUCUUGUCAGGCACUACUGCCAAUCAUUUAUGGGUUCAAAAUGCAAAGUUUUAUGAUAUUGUCAAUCAUUUGUUUGAAGUGUUUCUGCCUAACUCGCAUGGCAACUUUAAUCACUUUUUCAAGAUAUUUCAGCAUUUGGUCAGGCGUCAUCCUUGCGAUAUGUUGGAUUUUGUCAUUUUACGUAACAAUGCGUCUAUUGUUUUUCAUUACAUGCUGCCUUAUUUAACAGAAGGAUCUGUGAUGGAUGCCUUAUUAACCUUGCUAUUUGUGAGAGACAUUAAUCCAGAGACAAAAGAACAGCGUGAAAAGAGCCAUGAAAGACUGUAUGAAUUAGGUUUUUUGGAAUGGAUGGUCAAGGCUAUGCAAUUGAAAUCCCAUCCAGAUUAUGUAGAAGCAAUGCAGGAAUUCUUUAUUCGAGUGAUUGAAGAAGCAUCUCAAGUAGACAAUGGUGAUAUUCUGCUGAAAGCAUUAAGGACAGACAAAGGCAAAGAUAUCAUGGAGAUCCUUGUUAAACAGACGAUUCACAAUGCACCUUCAGAAGAAAGAGAACGUACAAUCACUAUUAUCAAAUUACUCGUCAAGAGUGGCAUGUUGACUACCAGAACAUCUUCUUUAUCUCAACCAGUACAAGGACCAUUGUAUUUUGUAUCCUUACGAUCCCAAGACCUGCUGAUAGAAUAUAUUGCUGAAUUCUGCCAUUUGUUUAUCAAGGACCGUAAAGACAAGAAUACGAAAGAACGCCCUUUGACAACAUCAGAUAUGGACUUGUUAGACAUUAUCUAUCAAACACUCUACAAUGCAAAUGAAAAAGUGGAAAUGCUGGCAUCCAUUCCUAGUGCAUUCUGGAAGAUUCUGACCAACUCCUUUUUUGAAAAAUCAACAAUGCUUGUCAGAAAACAGAGUCUGAUUACACGUAUGAUAGAUGCCUAUCAAAGCAAACAAAAGACAGACAACCGAGGAUUUAUCUUGUUAAUCUUGAAUCAAUUGCGUUUGAUGGCAGACGCACGCCAUUCUGCUCUGAUUAACCGCACUAUGGCUGAACAUCCUCGCUACCAAGAAUUUCUACCCACAUUAAGAAAGGAUACCCUUGCUCAGACAGAAUCUAUUUAUGCCUGGAAAUUAGAAGCAUGUCCUAGACCACCAGCUCAUAUUGGACCUACACCUCCUAUCCAAUCUGUUCAAUUCUCUCCUUAUGCAAGUACACUGCCUUUAAUGACCAAUGCCAAUGACCAUGAUGAAGCUGCUGCUGGUAUUGAUCUAGGCAGUGAUUUUGCCUAUUGUUUAGGGUUUAAAGAGACAGAGAAUGGUAUUGAAACGCCUUAUGAGUAUCUAUCUCGCAGAAAUUCAGAUCAUUCAAUAAUACAAGAACCUGGUUCAGAAGAAGAAGAAUAUGAUUGUCCUCUUUGUAUGGAAGAGUUAGAUAUUGCUGAUAGAAAUUUCAAGCCAUGUCCUUGUGGAUAUAAAAUAUGUCGUUUUUGUUGGCAUCAUAUUCGUGAAAACCUCAAUGGACGUUGUCCUGCUUGUCGAAGAGAAUAUUCUGAUCAAAAUGCUGAAUUUGAGCCUAUUAGUGCUGAUGAAAUCGCUCGUAUCAAACGAGAAAAGAAAGAAAAAGAACGACAACAAAAAGAAAUGGAAAUGGCCAAUCGACGUCAUUUGGCAAACAUGCGAGUUGUUCAAAAGAACUUGGUCUACAUUAUUGGUCUUCACCCUAAAUUAGCGACAGAAGAAACGAUCCGAUCUCCAGAUUACUUUGGCCAAUUUGGCAAGAUUGCAAAGAUUGUGAUCAAUAAGCGACAGAUUGCGCCUACUUCCCAUGCGAAUGGAGCCACUUCGAUGCAACCUAGUGCAGCUGUUUAUGUGACUUAUAACCGCAAAGAAGAUGCCACCAAAGCAAUUCAUGCAGUAGAUGGCAGUGUUAUGGCAGGAAGAAUAUUGAGAGCGUCUUAUGGUACUACCAAGUACUGCACCUAUUAUCUUCGUAACAUGAAUUGCCCAAAUCCCAACUGCCUUUAUCUGCAUGAACCUGGGGAAGAUGCAGACACGAUUUCAAAAGAAGAAUUGGCUACAGGAAAGCAUCAUAUGCGAGAUCAAAUGUCCCAAGAUACAGAUAAUGAAGACCAUGAAGACCAUGAAGAAGAUGUCUAUUCACCUUCUUCAAGACAAUACAGUUCACCUUCUUUAUCUAAUUCUGAUUUCCCUCCAGUUUCUUUAGCAAGAAAACUAGAAGAUGAGCGAUCAGCAUUACCAGCUACUGCUUCUUGGGGAAAGACAAGUACACCUGGUACUCCUAUAGCCAAACAUAGUCCAUUGCCUUCUUCAUCCUCUUCUUCUGUCGAUAGAACUGCUUUAACACCGGAUGCUUUUGGACCUCCUUUGGCAGUAGCAGUAGCACAACAACAACAACAGCAACAACAAAAACAACCCUUGUCACCCACCGUACUAAAGCGAAAAUUAGAGAAAAAGAAACGUAAAGAAAUGCUUGCUAAACAGAGAAAAGAAGAAGCUGCUGCUGCUCAAACUACUAUGCCGUCUCCUCCUCCUACAACAAUGCCCUUAUCCCAAAAGACAACUGAACACAAUCCAUUCCAACAUGAUGGCCUAGUGAAUUUUGUAUUGGGACGUGCAUUUGAUCAAGUCUGUUUACCUACUCAAUUCGUGCAAGAAGAAGAGGAUAUUCCAGUGGGUGUAUCUGCCUUAUAUGACUUUUCUUCUUCAUCCUCUACAGGAUCAGAAGAUAUUUCAUUACCACAACAACAACAACAACAACAACAACAGCAACAUUUGAUUGAUGUGUUAAACAUGGACAAGAUGAAUUUGACAAGCAACGGAGUGUCUCCUUUAGAAUUCCUGACACAUGCAAUGCCUACACCAACUUAUAUGGGUACAUUCAAUCCUUUUGCUCAUCAAUUACUCAGAUCACCACAACAAAUGGCUUCUUCUUUACCUAAUGUGUUGGAGAAUAAUACUAGUAGCGGCUUAUUUGAUUCACCAGUACGUAAGACUUCUCGGUUCGGUUUUGCUCAAUUCUAA